AUGGCUCAUAGGAGCGUAGUUCAAUAUCUUAGCUACCACAAGGUGCAUUUUCACUUAGAUACAUCACAUAUUAUGUGAAAUUUUAUGGGGGGGCAAAAGUGGCCUGUAAAAUCCAGUUUUCCAUAUACUACUUGCUUCUUUGGUGUCAAAUUUCAGUCCGAUACACCGAACUGGAAAAUUUUUUGUCUCAGCUGAUAGCUGAAGAUCUCUAGUUUCUAAAAAUAUAUAGUUUAUGCAUAUUUUGCUUAAAAAUAUGCCUCCUAACAAUUGUUAAAGUUUUGUCCAUUUUGAAGUACGAUUGGGGUGAAGCUCCCCCUUAAUUUGAAACCAAAACUGGAUAAAUGGAACGCCGUAAAUGUUUAGUAAAAAGUUUAAAAAUUGAACUUUGGAACUUCAUGGUUGACACGCAUGCGUAUUGCACCCAUUUUAUUAUUGACCGGUCAACAAUGUUUCAUUGCGGACCGGUUGCCGAACAUAUGACAUUUUGUGGACCGGCACGUGACACGGUUUUGACCAAUCGGCAAACAGAAAAAUUGAACUUUGACACUAACUAUAUAACAAUACUUUUUUGUGUGUUGGUGUUGUGUACUCAGGUGAAUAUGAUGUUUGUGAUGUUACUCUGAGUGUGCAUCCACACCGAGCAAGCUGAAAAGUUUGCCUAACCACGGUGGGAAUCGAACCCGCGCCCUUUGGGAUACUAGUCCAAUGCUCUGCCAACUGAUCAUCAUCAAUUAAUCAGCUAAUUAAUCAGGUAGCCAUUCAAUCAUCCUAUUAUUCCGUCAAUCAAUCACCGAAUCAUUUAGUUACCCAGUCACUUAAUAAAUCGUUCAAUUCGAUAGUCAAUCAAUGAUAUACUUAAUCACACACCAAAUUCAUAAAUCGACUUUUUAGGCCUUCAAUGUUUUGGUCCGUCAAAUGAACAGUAAAGAUAAAAUAAUCGUGGAAGCAUUGUUACAUGAAUUGAAUACUUCAAUUAAUUGGAAGGUACGAAAUAUAAGGGAGCAGCGAUUCAGCCCCUUCAUGAUUUUUAUCAAGAUCAAAAUAAAUGAAAUUACCAAUUGGAUAAGAUUUGGCAUUAUUGUACAAUUAAAAUGCAGCUAAUCCACGGCCACAGUAGUAAUACUAAUUGAUCUAAGAAGGCAUUCUGACUAAUGAGCCAUGUAGUGAUUAUAUUUGUUUUAAUAUGAUCAAACUGUUAAUUUUAAAACAUCACUUAAUAUGCAGCAGAUCGUGUUUCAGAGAGGGGGGACCGCUACCCCCAACAAUUUCUGAAAGCCUUUGAAUGGUGGCUGAAUAACUUUGUCACAAAGCUGCAGUUCAAUGCAAAGCUGUUGCAAUAAUUUUACAACCAUGAAUGCAUUGAUAGGCUAUAACCUAAUCAAAUGUGCCUGAAUUGUAUAGGGCAAUAGCCCCCCCCCCCUCUCAAUAUUUCGAAAAGUGCCCGCCAAUGCCCAAGACCUCAUUUAAAGAGCCCCUAGUUAAAAAGUUACACCACUGUCCACAUCCCAAUCUUACAUCUUACCCUAUAUUUAACGCUUACACCAUAACCUAGCCCUUACACCAUAACUUUUGCAAAAUAAACAGCCCUAACCUUUGCAAAAUAAACAAUCUUGGUAAACAUAAUUGUACUUUAUAUUUAAGGUCCGGGUGCAGGCUUGUGAUCUAUUGAUGUUUGUAGGUAAGCGAGUUUUGUAAACUCUUUACAUUUGUAGUUGGUGGAUGUUUACUUCGCACUUUCACGGUAUAUUGCUGAAAAUAUCGCGUGUUUAAGUACUGCUCUCCAUAUUCUACUUCAGGAAAUCGUCAUGUUCUGGUUAAAGAUGUUGACGAGAUAUUUGAGAUCUUAGAGAGAUUAUUGUGGGAUCACGCUCAUCAGGAAGUCAGAUCUAAAGUUGCAGAAUUGUUGAAUACAUUAAGAUUGAGAAAUAGAGCGUGUAGCCUCGUUCUCAGGUACUGUGACAGACACACGUAAUACAACUACAUUUGGGAUACAACAACGCACGUAAAAACGCACAAGUUGUAACAAACCUGCAGCAGACUUGUAGCAAUGUCGCUCCAACAACUUGUCAACAGGAUGUGUUCGCACUGCUUGUUCCCAGCUUGUUGACAAGUUGUUAACGGCUUGUUGAUAACUUGCUAUCGUCCUGCAAUUCAACAAUUUGUCAACAUGUUGUGAGUGACAACCUUGUAGCAACUUGAUAAAAUAACAGCAUUGCUACAACUUGUUGACAAACUUGCUACAAGCCAAUCACAAAACAAGAUCAUUUUAGGUAGGUCUUUACCCCCGUUUACUAGCCCGUUUACCGGCUGUAUAAACGGACCGAGGACGACGUUUAAAUCUCCUGUUUGAUUUUUUUUUCUUAAAUAUUUUAUAUUAAUAUCUUUGUAUAACUACAGUAGUAGUCGUCACGUUGCCGUCCUAGAUGUUUAGAUCUCUCGUGCGUUUUUGUAGACGUAUUGACGACAGACAAGAAACUGUUCGUGCUCAUGCGAUCAUAUCUAUGGUAAAUCAUCGCAUUUUUUCAGGCAUGGUCUAGGCAUAGCUUAAGGGAAGAUGGCUGUGAAACUCAUUAAAAAACAAUAUAACUCAUCUAUGUUAGUCAACGUUUAUUCAUAAAUCUGGUCCUUCACCGUCACGUGCGAAUUGUAUUUUUGCCCAACUAACCAACAGCAAUUUUUAGGAAAGUUAUCUAUCCGUGACUCGAACAAUAGGGUAAAUUGGAACUUGCUAUUGGUGGAUUGGGCAAAAAUACAAUACACACGUGACGUUGAAGGACCAGAUUUAUGAAUAAACGUUGACUAACAUAGAUAAUGAGUUACAUUGUUAUUAUAAUGAGCUUCACAGCCAUCUUCCCUUCGAUAGGCUAUGUCCUUAAAUAACCUGGCUUGUAAAUAAUCAACUUUAUCUUACUGUCGUUCCAAUUGAAGUGUUGCUCAAAUAUUGAUUCAAUACAUUACCUCUGGCUGACCAAUUCAUUUGAUCAAGUUCCUCGAGAUAUUCAUACACUUCCUGUGAAAGAGCCAAUUCCGAGUAUUUGAUGUGUAUGAAUAUCUCGAGGAACUUGAUGAAAUGAAUUGGUCAGCCCGAGGUAAUGUAUUGAAUCAAUAUUUGAGCAACACUUCAAUUGGAACGACAGUAAACACUAAAACAUGUAAUUUAAGUUAACGUUUUCUGGUUUUACAGGCGACCUUAGAAAUGAAAGGCGAGAAAGAGCUGAAAGCUCUCUUAGAUAUUUUGGCAUUGGACUCCAGUGUUUAUGCCAGAAUACAGGUCAGUGGGGGAUAAGGUUUUUGGUUUGCAGAAACAGAAAAUCUUUAUUAAGAGACAAUUGUUUUCAAUAAAUGUCCCGUAUUUGCAAUUAAAAGUGUUCAAAACCUAAAAUCGUUUUGGCGUUCCUCUCAAAAGUAUUUUGUUUUAGCUUUAUUUUGUAGUUUACACAUUUAGCAACUUUUUAAAACAGUUUUAACUAUUAUAAAAAUAAUAAAAAUAAUAUUUAAAAAUAAAUAUUUACAAAUAUUGUCAAUUUAAAUACAAUUAUCAUUGAUGCUGUAAAAUUGACGCCAUAUUUAUACUAUUAUACAGCAAUAUAAGCAAAACUUACUGAACUUCAGACAUCAUUUUAUCUUUGGCGUACCAUCUAAAAUCUCUUCAUUUUAGCAUUAUUUUACGGAUAAAGCACUAAACAUACUUUUUUAAGUUUGUUUGCCGCUUGAGAAACGUAUCGAACAAUAAAAAUUUUGGAUAUAGUCAUAACCAAGUGGAAAAAUAUACUCAUUAGUUUUGAACUCUUAAAUAAAAUAUUUGUUAUAUACAUUACAUUACAUUACAUUACAGUCACAGUUUUCCGUCCUAGGCUGUGCGUGCGUUCAGCAGAUUAAAUUGGAAUGAUCCCAGAGUAUUGCGAAGUUUGAAAGAACGAGAGAAAGGCGAAGGGAUAUUAGCAAGGUAUACAUAA